UUUCAUUCUUCUCUCAUGCAGGUAGCUGUAGUCCUAUGUAAGUGUAGAGGACUGAGAAAAUGCCACGUAGGCACAGAUUCACUGAGGGCAUUGGAAGACUGCAUGUGGCUUUGCAUCACUCCUCAUUUUUAACAGGAUGUGUUUCCUUUUGGCACAGCCUUCAUAAUUUCAAGCAGCUCUGCUUUUUGUUUUAUGUUUGCCCUGAAAUCUCAGAAGCUGAGGAGUAAGAUGGUUUUAUAGCACUUUGUCUAAGAGAUAUCAUUCAGAAUAUGGGGUUUGGGGCUUUUUUUAUCAGCUGCAGCUGUCCGGCAGUAUUGCUCUGCCAUCACUAGUAGAAAAUGUGCAGAACUGUGCCCUUCCAGCACAUUAAUGACAGUCUCAUUGAUGAGAUACUUUCUAUGAAAAAUUCAUUUGAAUGCAUUCUUUAGCCAGCUCUUGACUGGUUCUGCGGCAGGACUGUGGCUCUCCUCAUUGGACACAGCACUCAGAGAGAUGAGCUUGGGCUCACUGAAGUCCAGGGACAGGCUGAGAAAUGCUCUUCAGCCUGACAGUGCCAGCCUGUGAAAUCAAAUCCAACAUCAUUAUUCUGAAACACAGGAAAACUUUUCAAACCAAAACUGAAAUGGAGCAUUUUUAUGUUCGAAGUUCAUAGCCAGUUAUUAUAUAGCUAGAAUUAGCUAUUAUAGUUAGUGUAAAUAAUUAAUGCAAGGUUAAUGGGGAUGAGUUCUAACAGAGUUUUAUAUUAUUUAGUUUCCCUCUAUCCAUGCAAGUAAAGUUUCAGAGCAAACAGAAAUGUACUCUUUACCGUAGAAGAAAUAUACCUUAGUCCUGGGUUCCAAGAAGAGUCAACUUUCCUUUGCACAGGCAUUGUUAACACAAAACAGAGCUGCUGGAGGUGCAUUCCCAUGCAGAGAGCAUCCCCCAAACACCUCAGAGAGAGGGAUAAAUCCUCCAUCUUUAGAGGGCUGCAAGGACAGCACAGGAGCUGAGAACACCUGUGUUUCGAUAUCAAGCUCUCUCAUGUAAGUGCAGUCAAGCACAAGAUGAGCCAGUUCAGUUCUUACUUCACUAUUUCUCAAGUCAUGUUCCAUUAAUGUUCUUUUGAUUUCUUAUGAGAAGUGGAAACUUUAAAGAAGUUUUGUUAUGCCAUUUCAACGUUUACAUCCAACAGUUUUUGGAGGAAGCAAACGAUGAAGAAAGUUUGAAAUGACUAAUAAAAGCCACAGUGCUCUUUGGAUACACUUUGUUCCAUCUCAGGUUAUACAGUCAUACCAUUUCAGUGAAAUGUGUUGUUAUUUUCACUGUUAAUCAUUUGUACUUGCUCCCAGCUUACUCAUGGGCACACUCCUCCCUGUAGGUGAUGCAGCAGAAGAGGCUGACUUGACUGUGGUUUACCAGGCGGCAGCUAACGGUGAUGUGAACACACUGACUGCAGUCAUUCGAGAAGAUCCCUCCAUCCUGGAGUGCUGCGACAGUGAGGGUUGCACACCUCUGAUGCAUGCUGUGUCAGGGCGCCAGGUCGAUACAGUGAAGCUUUUACUGAAGAUGGGAGCCAAUAUUAACACACAAGAUGCAUGUGGACGUACCAGUUUAUCUCUGGCAACUUAUCUGGGCUGGUUGGAAGGCUGUGUCAGCCUGCUCAGAAAUGGUGCUAAGCAAAACAUACCUGAUAAAAAUGGGAGGCUGCCACUACACGCUGCUACUGCAGAGCCCGACGUGAGGCUUCUGAACGUGCUCCUGCAGCAGUCAAAUCUUAGCGAAAUUAAUCACCAGGACAAUGAGGGAAUGACUUCACUCCAUUGGGCUGCUUUCCACAACAGGCCACAGCAUGCACAGACCCUGCUGCAAAAGGGAGCAGACCUGACUCUAGUGGAUAAAGACUUCAAAACCGCUCUGCACUGGGCCGUACAGAGUGGCAACAGGAUUCUGUGUUCCAUCAUCUUGGACCACUACCAAGGACCAUCAAUAAUAAACUACGAUGAUGAGAACGGCAAAACUUGUAUGCACAUUGCUGCUGCUGCAGGCUACAGUGAUAUUAUCAGCCAGCUGGCGAAAGUCCCGGAGUGCAACCUGCAGGCCCUUGAUGUAGAUGACAGGACACCUUUGCACUGGGCUGCAGCAGCAGGGAAAGCUGACUGUGUGCAGACACUUCUAGAGCUGGGGAUAGACAGCAGCCCUCGAGACAUCAAUGAAAACACUCCUCUGACAUAUGCAAUGUACUGUGGCCACACUGCAUGCAUUAAGCUGCUGUCUCAGGAGAACAGUAUAUCUGAGUUAGUUCAUCAGUUUCCCUCUCAGAACAAUAAAAUACUUAAGAAAGAAGGAAGAUUCAGUAUGUUGAACCACAUCUUCUGCAAAAAGAAGAAAGAAAACCAGAAAACCAUUCAGAAAGACAAGAGCAGAGACCGAUAUGCUACAGAGGAGACCUCUGAAGUAGACGACAUCAUCACCACUUUUGAUUGUAUUAUGGAUACAAGCUGCAAAGACAUUCCAGAUGAAUGUGCGACCACUACUGACUUUAAAAGAAGGACCACAGACACAAAGUACUUCAUACCAGAAAAGAAGCCAGCAGAAUGUCAUGGACUUCUGCCCGUCAGAACCCAGAGCCUCCCCCCAAUCACUGCCAAUAAUUCCUUCCUAACUGCUGUCCAGAGCACAUCAAGCAUGUCCUCCAGCACCAGCACCCACCAUUUUGCACACAAGUCUCAAAAGAGUAGGAGUGAACAUGACUUGCUGGAUCACAGAAGCAGCUGCCAGGCUUUGCUGGAUAAGCCUUGGAAUACAAAAUCUAAUCAAAUACUCUCCUAUAAAGCCUGUACUAGAACUCCUUCAGACAAAGAGAUAAAUGGCUUAAACUCUGAUAGAUCUCACCAUGUGCUUUUGUGCCCUCCCCACCUUCCCUCACUUCCUACUUCUCCAUCAGGUAAAAAUUUUCAGAAGAUAUCCACAGACCAACCCAAAAUAAAAGAACUUACUCCUGUGAGGAGCAGCCUGGCUCCUAUACCCAAUCACUGUGCUCAUAUAUCUCAUCUAUCACCUCAGGGUGCUAAGAAGUUUAAAUCCCUGCCUUCAAAUUCCCUAAGGACUGGAGCAGUUGUUCUCCCACCAGUGCCACCCUCCAGAUCUCAGAAAAGGGGACAUUCUCACAAUCAUUUGCUAUAUUCUUUCUUGCCUAAUCUAUCAGGAGAGCCUCUGAAACCAAGCCGUGUCCUACCUGCAAUCCCAAGCCAAAAGAGAUCCAACCCUGCAGAACAGCUUGAAAAAUUCCUCACCAACCCAGACACUGAAAAUUAACUCACUGCAUCGGCCUCGAACACAUUAGCUGAAAUAUAUCUCAACUUGUUACAAGAUAAGCAUAUAGUAAAAACUCAUUAAUUUAUGCUAAUGAUGCUCUUGUAAGCUGGAGUGUAAAUGAACAACAGCAAAGAAAAGAAAGGACAGCACAUAAUAAAAGCUGCACACAAAAAAUGUAUUUAUACAGGC